AUGUCUGGCUUCGAUGCAAUCAUUAAUCGCAAAGCUCCUAGUCCAUGGGAGCUGUUCAAGACCAAUCCUAGCCUUUAUAUAGCUUCAAAGCUAUAUAAUAGUCUCAGCCAACGAAUGCUACGUCCUUUGUCUACCCCCAUUCGCACCAUAUGCAUAUCAGACACUCACAACACCGACAUAUCUGCCCUGAUACCACCCGGUGAUAUCCUCAUUCACGCAGGUGAUCUUACUCAUUCUGGCACUCCCCGUGAGCUCCAGGUCACCUUUGACUGGCUAGUCUCUCUUCCACAUGAACACAAAAUCGUUAUAGCCAGGAAUCACGAUACGUACCUUCAGACAGCUGAGGAUUGUGGCAUAAUUUAUCUGGAGGAUGAGGCUCACACUAUCCAAGUGCGCGGUCGCACAUUCAAAAUCUUUGGCAGCCCAUUCACUCCGCAGCACGGCAAUGGUGCUUUCCAAUACCCACGUAUGGGUGUCACUGGCACUCCCAGCCAUUGGUCUGUUAUUCCAAAUGACACAGAUAUUCUCAUCACUCAUGGUCCUCCUCAUGGUCAUCUCGAUCUCGCUGGACUUGGUUGCAGAGCCCUGCUUGCACGUAUAUGGGAGCUUGGUAGGACACACCAGCCAGUGCUUCAUGUGUUCGGCCACAUUCAUGGCGGUCGUGGAAUCGAGAAUAUGCCCUGGGACUCUGCUCAGUCAAUAUGGGAGGACAUUGUGCUCAAAAAAGGGGGUUGGUUUCACACUAUGCAUUUGCUAUGGGCAAUGCUUUGGGGUGGCCAGGAUAAUGGUAUAAGGACAAUUGCUGUCAAUGCAUCUGUGGUUGGAGGUCCGCGAGACCGUGAUAUCCAGCCUCCUGUCGUCAUUGAUAUAUAA